AUGACGAAAGGUACGCAGAGUUUCGGUAUGCGUCAUAACAAGACGCACACCAUCUGUAGACGGUGUGGGCGUAGCUCGUACCACAUUCAGAAGGGCACGUGCUCUUCGUGUGGGUACCCUGCAGCCAAGAUGCGCAAGUACAACUGGAGCCAAAAGGCUUUGCGUCGUCGUACUACCGGCACGGGCCGUAUGCGUCACCUGAAGACGGUGCAGCGCAAGUUCAAGAACGGAUUCCGUGAGGGUUCGUCUGCUGUGUCCAAGAAGGCCUCUACCAACUAA